AAGGAGACAGAUUCUCGUUAGAAAGAAAGGAAAAGAACACGUACGCGAGAAAGCACAGAUUCUAAACAUAUAGACAUAAAUCUUUGAGGGACUGGUGUGGUGCAUAUUGUUCAAAGAUAUUUCCGAUCGGUGUGUAUAAAUACAUAGCCCGCGGCGACGAGCAGGUUACGUGCCGAUCGAGUUGGAGGGCAAGAAAUCACAAGAAAAACUGCCUGUGCGCCAAGGAGACCAACACAAGACAGAAAGAAGAUGAUGAGGAGGUCGAUGUUCCUUCCCGUCUGCGCGCUCGUCCUCGUCAUGCUCUGCGUCUGCGUGGCGAGCCACAUGGACGUGGACGAGCGCCGAGGCGGAGCUCGCGCCUACAUGGGCGGCCACGGCAGGCCCGUGGGCAUCAGACCCAGAACCAGCGGCAGCCCGCGCGGCCUCAGCGGCGGCACCUGGGCGGCGUGCGCCGGCUCAUCGCUGCUCGCCGCCGCGGCCAUGCUCAUGUAGCCGCGCUUAUAUAUAUGUUCUGGAUAGUUUUUGGUUGCUUCCUAUAACAGUGUAAGGCUACGUGAUGUGUGUGGUGUGGUUGGGUAGCUGGAAUUUGGUGAUGCGUUCCGGCGGGUGUCCGGUCUGUCGCUAAGAUCGUAAAGAUGCAAGCGGGACGGGAGUUGGACGUGCCCGCCCCGCGGGUCGCAUUGCCGGCCAAGGUGACAUGCGUGCUAGCAGAUGACCCGCCCCGCACAUUUCUGCGUGUUACCUUGUCCAACGGGAUCCUUGGGUUGAUCCAGCAAGCAAACAGUCCACUACCAAGUUGGCAAGUUAUACCACUACCUGUACUAAGAUUAUUUCUGAAUUAAUCUGUGUACCCUUAUCACCUGCUGCUCUAUAACAUGGCAUAAAAUCAAAUAAGAAUUAAUAAUGGUUCGGAUCAUUUCUAAAAACAA